AUGGAUAAUUCAAGUCCAAGACAUUUAAAAUUGAUCGUCAAAGAUGCAAAGGAAUUAAAGUCAAAUAAUUUCGGUGGAACAUCCGACCCUUAUGUAGUUGUAAAAUGUAGAUCACAAACAUUUAAAACCGAUGUAAUCAAAGACACUAAACUUCCAAUUUGGAAUUAUGUAGUUCAAUUGGAUUCCGUUGAUGAUUCAACUUAUAUUACUUUUGAAAUAUAUGACUGGGAGCGUAUUGGUUCACAUAAAUUGAUUGGUGCUGUCACCGUUGGGAUUGUAGAGUUGAAGGAUGCCACCGUUAGAGGAAUCACCGACAAAUGGUUGCAACUCGACAAGAAGGGAUAUCUGAAUAUCUAUUUCGAAUUCAAUCCACCAUUGAUGGUCACCCAACAAGCUCAAGAUGGAACCGUUCAUGUCGUUCCUGCUGCUGCCGCUGUAUCUCCAGUGACCACCGCACCCCGUUGGUCUGCACUGCCAGCACCCGUCCAUCUACAGCCACUGUAUAUCCAAACGAUUCCCUCACAAAAUGUUGUCGAAUUCUCUACUCCCGGUGAAAUCUAUCAUGAAAAGGUAUACUUAACCGGUACCAGUUUCCAAUCGUCGAUUAUCUAUACCGUUAGUGACCCGCAGGUUGUAGUGAGAGCAAUGUAUGUCGAGUUCAAAGGAAAAGUUUGGUCGAAUCACGGAAAGAUCAAAACAUUGGUUUCAGACUCCAGAGAUCUAUUGCAUACCUAUAAUGUCCAAGGUCCAAAGCGUGUUAGUUUGCCACGUGGAAAGCACAUGUUCCCAUUCCAGUUUUACAUUCCCAAGGAAUGCAAGUCUUCCAUUGUUGCCAACGACUACAGAGUUCAAUAUGUAUUGACAUUCUAUGCCGAUAUUGUAAAUAGUCCAGAUGUAUCUGUUACCAAAACCGUGAGAAUCGUUAAUAUUGAAGAUACUACUCUCAAGCAAGCCGCAGUUCCCAUCAACGCCCAUGCAUCCAAGACACCACUCACUGGUGGAGCCAUCGACUUUAGAGUGUUGGGACCAAAGAAUUUCUUCUAUCCUGGCGAGGAUAUCGAACUGGAAAUCCAAUGUUCCAACAACAGCAAGAAAACCAUCAAAAAUGUGGAGCUCUCACUCUUGAAAACCGAAGAGAAAUAUGGUGUGAAGACUCCCUACACCCUCGGCAAAACCAACAAGGCUUUCUACCCAAAGAUCUACAAGGGUUCCAAGACCAACCAAUACAUCGUGCUCGAAACACCCAGCGAUAUUACUCCAUCUAUCUAUCACAAAGAUGUAGUCAGUAUCGACUACCAGCUCAUUAUUAAUCUCGACAUUCCAAGUUGUGUCGACAUCAACCUCAAGAUCCCUAUCAACAUUGUAUUCCGUGACCCAGCCUUCCAAUUGUCACCUGAUCCUCUCACUGAAGUCUCUCAAAUUCCAAGAUAUCUAUACGAUUGGGACGAUAGACAUACACUCAGUUGGUUGACCUACAGAAUGAAGGCACCUCCCUCUGUCAUUGAGGAGUUUGAUAGAUUCAACAUUCAAGGUUUCGACAUCAUCUGCUUCGAAGAAUCAUUAUUAGAGAGAAUGUUGAGCGGUGCCGGUGAAAGAGCACCUGAAAUCCUAGCUGCACUCAUGGAGGAGCGAAACAAAAUCAUUGGUGUCCGAUACUUACUCAAAGAUCUUCAACUUCCAGGUUUAAUUAAAUGCUUCGAAGAUCAUACUAUAACCACUGACAUCUUGCCAUAUCUAACAGAGGCGGAUUUGGUAUCACUUAAAAUUUCAAUUGGUGAUAGAAAGAGAAUUCUUAAUGCCGUUUCAAAACAAAAUCAACAACUAGCAUAA